GUAGAUUAAACGAUUAGUCAAAAAUCGACCUACACAUCCCUAGUUGCCGUAGUUGACGUGUUCAUCUGUCAAAAGCGGAAUAGAAAAAAAUUAUCAGAGCCAGCCACACAAAAAAACAUCAACACCAUGGACGGAUUUAUGAUGGAUAUUAUCAAGGGCAUGUGUAUUAUGGACAACGAUGGCAAUCGUAUCAUUGCCAAAUAUUAUGACAAAAACAUCUUGUCCACCGUCAAAGAACAGAAAGCCUUCGAAAAGAAUCUCUUCAAUAAGACACAUCGUUCCAAUACAGAAAUUAUAAUGUUGGACGGUCUGACGUGUGUCUACAAGAGUAAUGUGGAUCUAUUCUUUUACGUGAUGGGCAAUGCUUAUGAAAAUGAACUGAUCCUGUUGUCGGUGCUCAAUUGUCUGUAUGAUUCGAUCAGUCUGAUUCUGAAGAAGAAUGUCGAGAAACGUUUGGUAUUGGAUAAUUUGGAAAUCAUUAUGUUGGCAUUUGAUGAAAUUUGUGAUGGAGGAAUUAUUUUGGAUGCUGAUCCCUCAUCAGUGGUGAAACGGGUCGAUUUGCGCAAUGAUGAUAUUCCCAUUGCUGAACAAACAGUGGCCCAGGUGUUUCAGUCAGCUCGUGAACAGUUAAAAUGGUCCAUACUAAAGUAAAGAUAGCAAACUUCACAAAAUCACAGCCUUGCAAACCACAAUUCUACAGUUUCGUAUUUUUACUUAGUUUAAAAACAAACCAUUGUGUAUUUCUUUUUUUGUUUUUGUGAUCCACCCCAUACGGAUUGGUUCACCCUAAAUGACAUCAAUAUAUUCGAUUUUUUAUAAAGCAAAUAAUAAAUGAAAAAAAAAAAAACAAA